AUGAAAAAUACUGCUCAUUAAAAUGAAAAGUAUCCACUUUCUAAUAUUAGAAAAGUUGAAUAUAAGUUUGUUGGUAAGAGAUAUGGAUAGAUUUAAACUAAACAGAUGAAGGAAGAGAGUUAGUUUGAAUAACAAAAUAUAGAUAUAGAUUAGGAGCUAAAGCAUUAAAUGGAUCAUUCCUUAAUGAAAUUCGAUGAGGAAUCACACAUGAAUUUAUCAGAUUCUGAAAAAUAAACUUCAAUUACGCAAGCUACUGACUAUGAAGACUUUUAAAAUAAACAGAUUAGUGAUAGCAAGUCUAGGAACGAUGAGAAGUUGGCUUAAAAUGAUAAAAAUUAAAAUACAGGGUUAAAAGGAUUUGAAUUAGGAAUUAGCAGGAUAAAGCAAUACUAGCAAAAUUAAUUGAAAGAAAGGGAGGAACACUUUUAAAAGUAGUUCUAGAUUAAUGAAAGCUCACUAAAAAAAGAUCUAUAAAUUAGCUAAAGAAAAAAAGCGAAUAUUUUUAGUGAUUAAAAUUAAUUGUAAAAAUAAUAACAAAUUUUUAAUGAAACUAUGUAAAACAAUAACAGCAACCUAUCUUCUCUCACAUAGAUACAUAUGAUAGAUUAAUUUUCAAAUAAAAAAAUUGAUUAAAAAAUUAUCAAAAGCUAAGGUUCGAUUUAAGAUUCUUUGUAGUCCAAUUAACAAUAAUUUGAUAAUCAAAUUAAGCCAUAAUCAAAGUCUUAUAUUGAGUAAUUUAAGCCUAUGCAAUCUCAUAAAAGCUCUAUAAACGACCCUUCACCUUAAAUUUUACAAAAUAAAUACAAAUAUCAACACUAAUAAACUAAAGACUCUAUUCCAUUUAGCAACGCUUCUACAAACUAAUCUGUCCAAAAUAAAUCUAAUAGUAAAUCAUUAAGCUUUUACAAUUCUCUGAAUAGUACACCAGUAAGUAAAAAAGAAAUAACAUAAUUCGAGGAGUACAGUUUAAAUAAAUAUAACAUAGGUUAAAACCAGGUUACUUCAGAUAGAUAAAUAAUUAUCGAGAGUAAUAACAGCGAAGAUGCUCAAAACUAGAAAAGCUAAUAAAAUAUUUUUGACUAAUCUUCUAAUUAGAUUUACAGCGAGGAUAAAACUUAAUUAAAAUAAAAUUAAAAAGAAAAAAUAAAAUCAGAUAUUAAUUCUAAAUAGGAAACAAAUACCCACACAAAUGAAUAAAAUAUGGAUUUAGAAUAAUUAAUCUUAACUAGUGACAUGAGUGAUGAAUCUCAUAAAUAAACUGAUGAAAUAAAAGUAGAUUUUAAGAGUGAAAAUGAUGAAAUUAUCAUAAAUGAUCUUCAUAAUUAAGAGUAUAUUGAAAUUGGCAUACAAAAAGAUGAAAUUCAUAAAAAAUAAAAUUUAGAAGAAAAUGAGAUUGCAGUUGUAAUAAUUCCAUCUCAGACUGUAGAAACUGAAGAAUCAGAAGCAAAUCUUAAUUUACAUGAAAUAAAAAGAAAAUUUGAUGAAAUAAAUUAUAAAUAAAAUUCUAAAAAAGAUCAUCUUUUGAAUGAGUCUAGUUAAUUUUAAAAUAAUGAAGGAAAAUAAGCUAAUGUAAUCAUUUCUGAUUAUACAUUAAGCCCAGAGAAGCAGUAAGAGCUAGAAAAUUAAAGCAAUAAAUAAAUUAACAAUCAGAGUUAAAGCCAAUUUGCAAAUUUGAGAAAAAGGAUAUAAAGAAGUACAAAGAAUAAGAUGCAAUAGAACCAAAACAACCCUGAUUAAUAAAAUACAAGAUAAAUAUUCGAAGGUAAUAUUUAACUAAUUUAUACUUCACAUGAUUCUUUGGCAGAUUUGUAGAUUAAGAGUAACACGUAACAACAAUAAGACUCUGAUUUUAAUUUAGAAAUUGACGAAGAAACAAAAAAAAAUAAGAUCAACAUCACUGAUUUUUAAAACUCAAAUUACAAAAAAAUUGCUUUAGAUUUAAAAAAGAAUUUAAGUGGCUCAAAAUAAUAGCAAUUUGAGUAAAUUGAAUAAAAAGUUAUUUAAGAUUAAGCUGUACUUGAUAAUUCUUUUAGUGAUGAUUCUCCCCUUUCCUUUCCAUAAAUCAAAUAAUAGAAUCUUGAAAAUAAAAGUGUGCCUACUUUGUUGUUUUAAAAUAUAAAUUCUAAAAAAUAAUCCAGUAAAAAAAUAAGCCUUUAAUAAUUUCAAACAUAAAUCAUGAGCGAUUCCAAUGAGUCUGAUAGUGAAAGAGAAUAAAAUUCUUAAGAAGAAAAAUAGGAAAAUGAUGAAAUGAAACCUGCUGUUAUAGAUUAGUAAAAUUAAAACUCUGAGGAUCAACACAACGAUACAGGAGAUUUAGGACUAAUUUAUUUUUCUGCUGUUUCUCAAGAUCCUAAAUAAUAAGAAAUUUCUCAACAAAAUAAUAAUAAUUUACCAAAACUUGAUUUUAAUACAAUUAAAUAUCAAAAAGACAGCAAUUUAAUUAUAUUUUCAAAUCACUAAAUAGAAUUAAAUGAUAAAAUAUAAUCUAAUGAACAAGUGUAGGAUGAUUUUAACAAUUUUGAGGUUUCUCAUAAUUUAGUGUUAUCAAAUUACUAAAAUAAAGAAGAAAUUUUAACAGAAGCAGUUGGAUAAAACUAAUAAAAAAUAAAUUCCUCAAACAAAGAUGAUAAAUAAACAAACAUAGAUGACAAAAAAAUAGCUUCUUUUUCUGGUGCUUAAAAAGGUAAAGUAGAAAAAACACAUAUUUUAUAAUUUGAGACUGAAGAAGAAUCAGAUAAUAAUAACAGUAGCACAAAAGGAAAUAAUGAACUUUAAUAAACAAUAACACCUGAUGAAAGUAUUCUAAAAGGCUCAGAUGGCGAAAUAAUAACUUAAUUUUGUGUUGAAAUUCCUUCAAAAAAGAUUCGUAUGCAACGUAUAAAGGCUUUUAGUUAGAACAACACUCCGAUUAAUAAUAAAUAUAAUUAAUCUAGUUAAAUUAAUGAGUAAAGAAAUUCUGCAGAACAAUUUAUUGACAAGUUUAAAGGAAGACCUUCUACUUUUUUAACCAGACUACAGUAAUAUAAGGAGCAUGCAUUCAAUAAGGAAUAUAAUUAAAUUAUUGAAGAUAAGUAGUAAAUUUAAAAAGAAAGUCCUGAAACAGAUAAGUUUCCUGAAUUUAUUAUCUCAUCUUGGGGAUAGCAAUAAGCUCAGCAACCAGAAAAAUAAACAACUAGCUCCAGUGAAGAUAAAUUGAGCAACGAAAAGUAAAAUUCUGAAAACUAGCAUGAUGUGUUAUUUACUUAGAGUGCAGAUGAAAUUGAAGACUUUUAUGAAGAAGAAGAUGAAGAAGACGAUGAGUUAGAUGAAGAAGAGGAUGAAGCUGAAUAAGACAAUAAUAUUAUUGCAUUUUAAGAAAUGCAAGAUAGAGCUUAGUGUUUCUAAAAGUAAGAAUUUUAGAACAAGAGAUAAUUAGAGUAAGGAAAAUAAAAAGAAUAAAAUAAAAUCAACUAAAGAGAAAUAGGAAUAGGUAAAUAUUUCUAUGAAAAGAUGUGCAAUGUCUACGGUGAUACUAAAUUAUUCUAAAAAAAGAAAAGAAAUCUUAAAAAAUGGCUAAAAAUGAUUUAGUAAGCUGAGAAUAGUUUAAAUAGAAAGUCUCAAGAAAAUUAUGAUUACUUACAACUAAAUGAAAAGCUCAAGCUAUCUUCAAACUGCUUAGUUUCUAUUUAGAUAGAGCCAUCAAAUGACCAAGACUUUCAAAAUAACUAAAAAACUACUUAAGUUAAAAAUGAAAACAUAAUUGAUGCAUAAAAUGAUGAAAAAAUGUAAAAAAAUCAAGCUGAUUUAUUAAAAAGAAAAAUAUUUUAAUAAAAACUAUUAGAUUAAAAUAAUUCAAAUAUUUUUUCUCCUUUUGUUUCAAAAAAUAAACAAUUUUAAGACUAACAAACAAACACCCAUAAAAAAAGUAACUCAUAAGAAAAUGAAUAAUUAACAAAACAACUAACAAAUCAUGAUUAAUUGACAGCUGAAGAAGAGUUUUAGCUCAUAUACUAAUUCAAAAAAAUUCAAAAAAAUGAAUUCUUAAAAGCUCUUAAAAAAGGACCUCCUAUGUGGUAUCGUUGGUCAGCAUGGAAGGUGGCGUUAGAUUUAAAUGUAGAAGAAUACAGAGAGACAUAUGAAAAGCUAAAACCUACUGAACCUUUAAACUUUGAUCAUACUUAUACUGACCCAAUAGAUAAAUAAAUUAAUAAAGACAUAACAAGGACUAUACCAGAUGAGCCAUUUUUUUCUGAUCCUCAAUAUUCAUAAAAAAGCUUAUAAUCUUUGAGGAAUGUGCUAAAAGCAGUAUCUCUCUACUAUGAUAAUGUUGGUUAUUGCUAAGGUAUGAACUUUUUAGCUGCUUUCCUAUUACUUAUAAAUGGUGGGGAUGAAUUAUAGGCCUUUUCAAUGUUUAUUCAAAUGGAAAAAAAGCUGAAUAUUAUGGGAUUAUUCGAAGAAGAAUUUCCCUUAAUUUAAUUUAUGAAUUUUGUUUUCUAAAGAGAGUUUGGACGCAAAUUCCCAAAGCUAUUCAGACACUUCAACAAACUUAAAAUUCCAGAAACCAUGUGGGUUGUAUAGUGGUUUUAAACAAUCUUCUUGAACUCGUUGUCUCUAAAUGUUGUUUGUAGAUUUUGGGAUUACAUUUUUUACUAAGGAUCAAUCAUUUCAGCUAUCAGUAUUAGUUUAAGUUUGAUACAUGAAUAUAAUGCGCACCUAAUAAAAAAAAAUGAAUUAGAUGAGAUUUCCUAAUUUAUAUAAAAACUCAAACAGUGUUCAGUUCAAAAAGGUGAAUUAAGAAAUUCACCAUGUAAGCCUAGACCUCUAUUAAGUCCUCUAAUAAAUUUCCUAUAAAAAGAUACUCUAAAUUUAGAGGAAAACAUAGUUAUCGAUCCUGAAAAAAUCAUCAAAAGAGCCCAGUAGUAUGAGCUUAGUAAAAAAGAAAUAAUUUCUUAUAUUAAUGAAUUUAAGCAGCUCAACUUUUUGUACAAAGACAAGCCCUUCCUAAAAAAAAUGGAAGAAGCAAUUAACACUGAAAAUUUAGAUGAGAAUUAGGUGAAAAAUUAAUAUAAUCAUCACAACUCUACUCCACACAAUGCGAGUAAACAAAAGCAGAGUAAACUUAAUACUCAACAAACUUCAAAAAGCCAUGCAAAUUAAGUAAAAUCUCCUGAAUUGCAGAGUCUUUUACGCCAUGGGCAUGCAUAAUCUUAAAUCGAAAAUAAAAAAAACCUAUUUUCAAUUCUAGGAUUCAACACAUAAAAAAAAACUUAGAAUAAUAUGUGA